AUGUCUUCCCGUACCACCUCCUUCUCCGCAUCGCGCUCCCAGCUAUCCCGCCGACCGUCUGUUAGUUCUAGGUUAUCCUUCGCGGUAUCAACAGUCGAGCAAGGAGAGGGGCUGGGAAGCAAUGCGCCGGUGGAGCAUCAGAUCGACGAAGAAAUAGCGGAGAUCAAGAGAUAUGAGGACUUUACUACCAUAGAUUGGGUACAGGAUGCGGCUCAAGAAAGAUUACGCCGGAAAGCGCGCCGCAGAAAUAAUCCCGGCAAUGGCAGAGUGUCGUGGAGGUAUAGAUUAUGGGAGUCCUAUGAUGCUGCCCAGGGCUGGAUCGUCGUGACCCUAAUAGGUGCCGCUAUUGGGCUUAACGCCGCCCUUUUGAAUAUAAUCACAGAAUGGCUAGCCGAUAUCAAAAUAGGUUACUGCACGACGGCCUUCUAUCUUAACGAGAAUUUCUGCUGCUGGGGUGAGGACAACGGAUGUGAUCACUGGCAUCGCUGGACGGGAUUCGAACCCGUUAAUUAUCUUAUAUAUAUUACGUUUGGAACUGCCUUUGCUUUCACUUCAGCUACCCUUGUCAAGUCAUUCGCACCUUAUGCUGCGGGCUCGGGCAUUUCUGAGAUCAAAUGCAUUAUUGCCGGAUUUGUUAUGAAAGGAUUCCUAGGUCUACGGACUUUGGUCAUCAAAUCUGUAGCUCUACCUUUGGCUAUCUCGUCUGGCCUUUCGGUCGGUAAGGAAGGUCCUAGCGUGCACUAUGCAGUAUGUACAGGCAAUGUCAUUUCGAGGAUGUUUGAUAAGUAUAAGCGGAACGCAUCCAAGACACGGGAGAUACUUAGUGCUUGUGCGGCUGCGGGAGUUGGAGUCGCGUUCGGAAGUCCUAUCGGCGGUGUUUUAUUCUCUCUGGAGGAAAUGUCCAAUUAUUUCCCCCUUAAAACUAUGUGGAGAAGUUACUUCUGUGCGCUUGUCGCAACAGCAGCCUUGGCGGCGAUGAACCCCUUUAGGACCGGCCAGCUCGUCAUGUUCCAGGUCAAAUAUGAUCGGUCGUGGCAUUUCUUCGAAACAGUACCUUACAUCUGCAUUGGGAUAUUUGGAGGUCUCUACGGCGCGUUCGUGAUUAAGUGGAAUUUACGCGCUCAGGCGUUCCGGAAGAAGUAUCUUUCGAAAUUGGCAGUUCUUGAAGCUACGCUUCUAGCUGCGGGAACAGCAAUCAUAUGCUACCCCAAUGCGUUCCUCCGGAUUGAUAUGACGGAGAGUAUGGAAAUUCUAUUCCUGGAGUGCGAAGGCACCGAGGAUUAUCAUGGGCUUUGUGAGCACGAUAAGCGAUGGGCCAAUAUAUUAUCACUAGCCAUCGCGACGGCAGUUCGAAUAUUCCUAAUCAUUAUCUCGUAUGGUUGCAAAGUGCCCGCCGGUAUAUUUGUACCGUCUAUGGCGGUAGGGGCAACCUUCGGCCGGACUGUUGGGAUUAUUAUGCAGGCUAUCCACGAUGCUCACCCGGAUAGCGCCUUCUUUGCUGCUUGUCAGCCGGACGAGCCUUGUAUUACUCCCGGGACUUAUGCUUUUCUAGGGGCCGCCGCUGCACUCAGUGGCAUAAUGCAUAUUACUGUGUCGGUUGUGGUUAUUAUGUUCGAACUCACUGGGGCCUUGACAUACAUCUUACCUACCAUGAUUGUUGUCGGUGUUACGAAAAUGGUGUCUGAUCUGUUCGGCAAAGGUGGGAUAGCCGACCGGAUGAUUUGGUUUAGCGGCUUCCCAUUUUUGGAUAACAAGGAAGAACACAACUUUGGUGUUCCAGUAUCGGCAGCAAUGACUAACGAUGUGAUAGCCAUACCUGUCCACGGCAUGACGUUAAAGGCUGUUGAAGAUCUCCUAAAGCAACCGAAGUAUCAAGGUUUCCCUGUUGUUGAAGAUCUUACAAGGAAGAUUCUUGUCGGAUAUAUUGGCCGUACGGAGUUACGUUAUGCGGUUGAUCGUCUACGUCGCGAGAGAGCGAUUCCGAUUAGCCCCGAGGCUAAAUGUACCUUCUCGCCUCCAGCGAUUAGUACAAUUACGCCCAUCACCCCCACCGUGACCAUCAGCAGUAUGGAUUAUAGCGCCUCAUCGGCGUCUCUCGACUUUAGUCGGUACGUAGAUGCGACACCAGUUACGGUGCACCCGCGGCUACCGCUGGAGACGGUGAUGGAACUAUUUCGCAAGAUCGGACCGCGCGUAAUCUUAAUAGAGCAUCACGGGCGUCUGUCGGGCUUAGUCACGGCAAAGGACUGUUUAAGAUAUCAGUUCAAGGCGGAGGCAGCUGAGAACCCCCGCGACGAUCAUGAGAUCCUAGAGGUCUACGAGAAGCUCUGGGGCUUUAUGAAUAGAAUUGGCGGAUGGGUCUCGAUAAAAAUCGCAAGCGCAACUGGUGGCCGUAUACGGCUCGGGAGCGCGGCGAAUGAGAGAGCAGGCGGGCAGAUCAUGGACGGCGAUGAGGAUGUGGGUAUAGAUGAUGGGGUCGAAUUAGAGAAUAGAUAG